AUGCCUGAGAGCGGCGGAGGGGGAAAGCGGAAGGGGGGAGGGGGAAAGCGGAAAGGGGGAGGGGGAAAGCGGAAAGGGGGAGGGGGAAAGCGGAAAGGGGGAGGGGGAAAGCGGAAAGCGGGAGGGGGAAAGCGGAAAGGAGGAGGGGGAGAGGGGAGUGGGGAGGGGGAAGGGGGAGGGAAGGGGGAAGAGAGGCGAGUCGGAACAAGGGGAGGGGAAAGGGAGGAACGGGGGCUGGCAGCGCUCGAGAGGGCGGUGGCGGCGGGGGCAGACGCGGUGGAGGUGGACGCGUCACUCACUGCAGAUGGACACCUGGUGGCACUGCAUGACAGGGAUGUCCAGUUGCUCCUCAACGACCCGUCAGCAAGAGUCCCCUCCCUCGUCUUCUCUCAAAUACGCCGGCUGGAUUUAUCGCCUCUGUGGCCCGCUACCUCUCCUCGCGAUGCUGCAACGCAGCAAGUUCCUGUUCUCACGCUGCAGCAGGCUCUGCAGGCUCUCAUUGGCCGAGUGAAGCACAUCACCGUGGACGUCAAGAUUGCCACGUCAGCAAUCGCUGAGAACAGGCACAUGGCACAGCGGCUUUUGAAUGUGUUUGAAAGGGUCGGUGGGUGUGCCGAGUGCCUUGUGUGGUCCAAGGAAGAUCAGUUCAUCCGCCACUUGUCGCGCAUCCAGCCGUCCAUCAAGACUGGGUACAUAGUGUGGAGGAACUUCAAGACUGGGGUGGUCAACGGGUUGCUGCGUCGUGAGUCGUCGCAUGUGGUGGGACUGGCAGAGAGCCUGGCUACACUACAAACCGUUAACGAUGCCCAUAAGGGAGGCAAAGAGGCUCGAGCAGCAGUAAGGAGGGCGAGGGAAGCAGGUCAUCAACGUCUGAUGCUGGACCUGCUCUUGCCGCUCAUUGGCCCUUCACUCCUGGACGACUGGCCUGGCGGCAUUCAACAGCAGCUCCAAGCGGCCAUUCCUCUGGUGGAAUCGCUGCUCACUGGGCUGGUGGACGGUGGGGAGCUGUACACGCGGCGGGUGAUAGAUGAGGAUGAGGCAGUGGUGGCGUGGGAGAGCAAGACGGUUGCACUUGUGCUCUUCCCAACAGCCGAGCGCCUGCCAGCUGUCAUGGAGCUGGCCAAUAGUGAGCCAGAGCGCACGCUGCUGCUCAUGAAUCCGCAGUGGCAGCCAGGCCAGGUUGUCUCAGAUUUUGGAUUUGGGAGCAAGCGCAAACAGGCAGAAGAGUUUCUAGACACCUUCCUCACUGCCUACAGUCUGAAGCGCAACCGCAUCCGCUCGUAUGAUGUCACUCUCGUCAAGUGCUUCCCGGGCGAUUGGCAGGUUUACAUGUCGGAUGACAGUGGUAGUGGGUCUGAUAGCUCUUUCCCAACAUAUGAGAUGAUUGGGACAGUGGAAAAUCGGCCAAGUUAUCGUGACCUUGAAGCGAUGGUGCAAAAAAAGAGCAGUCAAGGGAGCGAUUCAGGUGGAUGGUUUGGGCGCAUUGCCAAGGAGAUCGAGUUCCUAAAGCGUUCCAAGUGA